GCGAACACGAGUCUGUAUCUUUCGUUUUCGUUACCCAGUCGCAAUCACGAGUCGCGCGGAGGCGGUGGCCUCCGUUAUAAGUGUCGGAACGCCCGUAUCUGUAUACCGACAAAAAACGAAACAAAAUCAAUCGCUUAUUGACACAAUUUUUCGACGUUAAAAAAGAAAAGUACGACGGAGGGCGACGAGAAAUGUAAGCACGCGUGACAGUGUUUGUGAAUCAAAGUGAAUUUCGUGAAUUCAUCGUCAAUAGUAAUAACGGUAGAGACGGAAAAAAGAAAUCGUGACGCUCGUAGGAGCGGCAACAGCGGCAAAGGAGGUGAGCAUACCGCACAAAAGAAGACGAAAAACAACAUGGUGAUGGAGCCUCGUUCGAGAGGGCGCUCGAUACGAGAAAUUUAGGCAGGAAUUGAAUUUCUUCCACUUCGACCGUUCGGUGAAGUAAAAUAAUCUAGAAAAGUUGACAAUUCGAUAAUACUGGAAGUUAAAAUACGAGCAGUGGUUCAACGGUCAGUGUUGACGUGCGCGAGAGUUGGAAAAAUAAUUUGAAAUCAUUUUUCACACGGAUCGGUAUAAACGAAGACACUUUUCGUCGGCUCAACGGAACCAGACGUUUUCGAGACGAUUCAAAUUUAAUACUUUUCAACGCCAAACGAAACAACGAUCGUACUUAAAAUGAACGAAAGUGUAAAGACAAAGGGUUUGAAGAACAUCGAACAUCGGUAUUGAGAGAAGGGCCCGAACGUUCGGUUUCCUUAGUCACGCGAGCUUCCAGCAACCCGCCCACGUUUCCGGUCCUCUUUUUCCUUUAUUAUUUUCGUCGUCUUUUAAUCUCCUAUUGAAAGACGGGUGUGCGCGCGUAUUGCAAUUGUUGAAAAACAAAGGCAAACAAGCUGGUGCUUCUUGAAAUGGACUCGGUCGCGGUGACAGUGCCUCUUCGUCCACCGACGAAGAAAAUGAAGAAACGAAAAGAACUCGACGCCCUCGCACCUUCCCACGUAGUCUCGCGCAGGAGUUCCGGCAAGCGAAGCUCUCAGGAAUUGUUGACCGACAGUAGCGACGAGCGUUCGGAAUAUUGGAAUUUGACGACGCGUGUGAACCGGAAAUGCAGAAGUCGAAGAGGACGAACGUGCCCAGGCUUAUUGAGGGCUUGCGGUGCCUUUUUCGCGUGUGCCUCGGUCCUCGCCACGGCCAGUCUAAUAUGGCUGUUUAUCGAUGUUCGUCAGCAAUUAACAGCACUUAGAACCGAGGUUGACAAAGUGAAAGCUGAAAGCGAAGCCGUGCCUGACACCCUUCACAAGUGUCAUACCCUCUUCCGAGAUCUUCAGAAGAAUCAAACGAAAAUAUUCAAUCAACUAUCCGGGCUCGAUGGUCAACUGAACAAUUUUACGGUUCAGCUCUUAAGCAUCCAACAAGGUCUGCACGAAGUUCAAGAGUCGUUACAGGGAGCCCCGGAACUUACGGACGUCCCGAAAAACAUAAAAACCCUGUUCAGCAACACCGCCUCGUUCGGCAGUCAAAUCCGUGACCUCGGGGCGACUGUAGAUAUCCUUAAAGAAGCUAACACUAAACUUCAUGACGUACAGACAAUAGUGCAACAAAAUUUAACUGAUAUACGGCACUCCCUGCUGGAUCUAUCGAAUAUGACCCUGAGACCUCAGACGCCAACGAACGAAUCGAGAAUUAAGGACGAAGCUCUCAGUAACGCGAUCGCUCAAUUGGCGAGCAACUUGACGCACAUCAACGAAACUCUUUCCCGAAAUAUCACGUGGAUCGCUGAGGAUCAGGCCAAAGAUCACACAAAGUUGGUGACCUUGCAAGAUAUGAUGCAAAACGCCAGUGGAAACGUGAUGACGCUUCAGGAGCAAUGUGCCAAAGCGAGUGAUCAAACAAUUCUAGUCACGUCGGUUAACAAACUAACCGAUCAGAUGAACGAAGUUCACACAUGGACCAAACAAAUGGAGCAGUCGUUCAACGCGUUAAAAAAUUCGGCAAGUACGAUGCAAGCGUCGAUAGCGGAUUGGAAGAACCAGCAAGAAGGAAAGGUCAACGAUGAAGCAUCUCUGCAACCGCAAAUGAGAUCAUCUCACGAGAUUAAGAUAUCAACGAAGAUGCCGGUCGAUUCAGCGGGUUAAUUGAAAAAACAAAAAUCUUCCGAGUCUCCGCGAUUAAAUCAGAUUCGAAAAUACUUUUUUUUUUUCUAGACACCAAAAUUCCAAAGAUUUUCUUCGCAUCGGAGAUAAAUCUUGAAAAAAAUUUACAUUUGCAAGGCGUUAAAUUUGCGAUUAACGCUGUUUGCGUUUUUUUUCUUCUCGAAUUUGCAGAAACGAGGCACAACUUGACGUCAAAAAAUGUUCACGAGCAUACCAAAGUGUUUGAACGGCAAUGAUAAUUGACUGGGAGUACAGAAAAACAAAACGAAACGAAAAUCGGAACGUCCUCGCGUCUACGUGCGAGACGAGUUGAACUCGUAUGUACAUGAUGAAAAGAAGAGACUUGAAGAAUAAGAAGAAACACACGAACGCUUAACAGAACGGAAAUGAUUGCGUUUAUCUGUAAAUAAUAUAACUAAUUAAGUUUCAUAGGAUUAUGGAUUUCCUAAUAAAACAUUGAAAAAAAUUGAAAAAAAAUUAAGUACAUCGAUUUUUAGGUCGAUCAAACAACAAAAUAAAAUAGCAUUAACAAUAAUCAUGAUUCUCGAGAUGACAUUGAAUGAAAUAACGUUUCAAAAUUAAUUUCGUUUUUCUGUGCAUCAAUAAAUUUCCAGAGGGGCAAAGUCAAUAUUACCACAUGUACACGAUCGUUCGAAAAUUGUUUUAUUUAUAUAACGCCGCGUACUCUGAGAGAUGAUUCAUGUCCAUUUUCUUUUCGAAAGUUAUUUUGAUUGUGGUUUUGAAAGUGGAUUUUGAUGAAAUAGUCGUGAUGUCAGAUUUCGAGUUGCGCGAAAAAUUCAAUACUAUUUGAAUCCGAAAUGAAUUUUAAUUUGAUCCCGUCCUGAUUGCGCUAUUAUACAGUUUCAAGUGUUCAAUUUCGUCAAUGAAGGCUUCAGAAAAUGUUCAUCAAAGUAACUAUGAUUUUAAAUUAUCUCCAUUUCUCAACAAUGACAAACAACAUGAUAAUUAUUUACAGAAAUUGUUAUCGCUGAUGGUUUAUAAACUUGUCCACGGUUUCUCCUGUUGAACAAAAUUUUUCACGCAGAAAGAUUAAACUUUUUUUAAAUUUUUGAACGAUAACGUAUAUGAUGUCCGGAUGAAGUCAGAACGAGCUGAUUUAGACUAAUUUGUUUUUAGGAUAAACUCGAUUUUUCCUCGAGGAUUUCUAAGAGGAAUCUGAGGAAUGAGUUUUCUGAUAUCGAUUUCUGUGAAGAAUUAGUUCGAUCUUGCAAUCGAGUUUGGCCGGACCGUAUGUAAAUUGCCAAUAGGAGCCGAACUUACUAUUUAUUGUUUUUAAAAACAUUCCUCGAUUAUUAGCACUUGAAUUCGCAUUUUGUAAGAUCGGAAGGAAAAGAAAACGAAAGCAUUCAGAAUUCCCGAAGGAGACACUCUCAAAAGUACAAAAUCCAACGUUUUUCGAGUGUCUCUGCCUCUACUUCAUUCAACAUUCCAUUUUCUUUUCCAUCCGCAAGUUUUCUUCUGGUUUUUGGAUAUUCUGGCAUAAUCGAUAUUGUGAAACGCAGAACAAUCAAAGUAUUUGAAAUAUUCUUAUACUUUAUACAGACGUAACGAUCGCACAGACACAUAAUAUUUAGAAUUUCUUAAAUUUAGGGAUUGAAUAAUGUGGGUGAAAAUCCGUUGCAGUGUCCAUAAACGAUUUUUAUAGAGAGGUUAGAUAUACAUCUUCGAUCGAUAUAUAAUUUAUUUGAUAUUUUUUUCGAAUUAUCGUCAUGGCCUUGAACUUAUAUAUUCCAGCACUCAUUUUGAUUUAUUGAGAUAUGAUCGGAUAAAGUUACAAAAGUUUAAUGAAUAUAUGAGAAUAACGUUGUUGAAACAUUAAAAAAAUGAAUGGCUAAACACAUGAAAAAGAUGGAGAUUUCCAACGUUUGUGUAAUCACUGUGUUUUUUCGCAUUUCGCAAGUUUAACACGAAUUUUUAACAUUAUUUAAAAUGAUUUGCAUAUAAAAGAGUUUCUUCACCGCACGAAGAAUCAUUUUAGAUGAUAAAAAUGUUGUUUUUUCUCGAAAACAAAUCGCAGCGCUUUGAUGCUUAGCGAUUGUAGCGCGUUGAUCGGCCAUUACGGUAACUAACUAACUAAUGUCAGUGGUUCUCAGUCUCGGGAAAACAGUGCGACGAACAGCACAUUAUACUGGAUAAUGUUAUAAGAAAAAAAAAUCAAAAACGAAGGAAAAUUCUCAAUGAUUUAUUUUUUUUCAAAGUAUAGAUUAACAAAAAAAAUCGAAAUAUGUGAAACUUUUAUUUUGCUUCCAAUGACACGUUAUAUUUCUGACGGAGUGUCAGAAAAUGCAAUAAAAUGAAAUGAGAAUGGAAACGCAGGGGGGGGGGGGGUAGUGCCAUAAGUUAUCAUAAUUAAAACACGCGAAAGAUUGUUAUUGUCCGCCAUAUUGUGGGGACGAAAAAAAACUCUUAAUAUACGAAGUAUGAUUGUGUGCGAAUGGAAAAAAUAAAGGUAUUACGUCGUUUGAAAACUGUUAAUAAAAACAAAGAAAAAAAACUUGGAGGCUGAAAA